AUGACUCCAAUGACAAUUUCAACGACAUUAGUUCAAAAAAGCAAUGAAAUACUAAAAGCUAAGACUCCAAAGACCGAAAUCACGAUGACUCAAAAGAGCUACAAAAGACAAAACAAAAGUUAUGAUGACUCCAAUGCGAUAGUCCAAAAGAGCAACAAAACACCGAAAGCUAAGACUCCAAAGACCGAAAUCACGAUGACUCAGAAGAGCUACAAAAGAAAAAACGAAAGUUGCGACAGCUCCAACGAUGAUAGUCCAAAAGAGCAACAAAACACCGAAAGCUAA